AUGCUCCUCGGCUGGGCGAUUGCGACCACCGGGCUCUGCAUCAUGACCUUCUCGCCGUUUCCCGCGCCGUACUGCGACGACGCGUGCCUCGCCAAGACAGCAGCGUUCAACUAUGAUGCGCCCAACAGCGGCUUCCCAUUCAUUGUGCUCUCGGUCCUUGUCGGCUUUGGCUACGUCAUGGCCGACUGCGCCGCCGACGCCAUGGUCGUCGAGUACGCCCAGCGCGAGCCUGCGGCGAUCCGCGGGCGCACGCAAACCGCCGUCUACACGAGCCGGUACAUGGGCCAAAUGCUCGCGCAAUGCUCGAUCGCGUUUCUUCUCAACGGACCCGCGUACGGUGGGUCGUUCACGUUUAGCGUGUCCCCGAAUGUCAUGUACGGCAUCUGCCUCGUCCCGUGCGCGCUCAUCGUGCCCAGCACGCUCCUCUUCCUCUACGCCCAGCGCGAGCCUGCGGCGAUCCGCGGGCGCACGCAAACCGCCGUCUACACGAGCCGGUACAUGGGCCAAAUGCUCGCGCAAUGCUCGAUCGCGUUUCUUCUUAACGGACCCGCGUACGGUGGGUCGUUCACGUUUAGCGUGUCCCCGAAUGUCAUGUACGGCAUCUGCCUCGUCCCGUGCGCGCUCAUCGUGCCCAGCACGCUCCUCUUCCUCGUUGAAGUGCCCUCUACCAAGGUCUCGUUCACCGAUUGGGUGGCCAAUUUCUGGGGCCUCCUCCAGAAACGCGUCAUGUGGCAGAUCUGCGCGUUCAAGUUUCUCAACUCGGCCUUCUCGAGCUUUGCAGCCACGCCAAGUGCUCCGAUUGCGCGGACGUGGGCGGGCGUCGAGCCAGUCAACGACGCGAUCGCCGGCGUCCUCGGCUCGCUUCUCAUGUCGGUUAUCAUGGCGGUGGUCGGCAAGUGGGGUCUCAGCUGGAACUGGCGCUACGUCAUUGCGCUCAGCACGAUCGGUAUCAUUCUCCUCGACGCCGUUGCCGUCUUUGCUACGGUCUGGGACGUCUUCCGCAACCAGUGGUUUUACAACGGCGUCGUCCUCGCCGAGAAGAUCCCGGAUGGCAUCCGCUUCAUGGUCGCAUCCUACUGCGCAGUCGAGAUCGCCGACGUCGGUAACGAAGGCGCCACGUACGGCCUCGUGACGACGGUCGGCAACCUAGCGACGCCGUUCGCAUCGGUGUUCUACAAGCUCGCCGACUCGGUGUUUGCUGUGACGCAGACCGACAUUGCCCGCGACGACGACGUGGUCAAGUGGCAAGUGACCUACUGCUUCCUCCUCUCGUAUGCGGUCAAGUUGGCCGCGCUCGUCUGGCUCUUCCUCCUCCCGCCGCAGAAAAACGCCCUCCAGCGCAUGAAGAAGACGGGCGGCUCGAGUCGAAUCGCGGGCGGGAUCGUCGUCGGCGUGUUUUGCUUUGCGCUCGCCUUUUCGGUGACGACCAACUUUAUGUCGAUUUACCCAGCGACCAAGUGCUACCGCAUCGCCGGCGGCCAGGGCACCGUUAAUGGCUCGUGUCUUUAA